AAAAUAUCAUAAUUAUUUAAAAUUCAAGUAAAUGGUUUGAUCGCAGUAUUAUGAAAUGUUUGUUUAUAUUUACACAUUUACAGUAUGUUUACAUCAAUUGUGAGCAGCAUAUUAUUCUUAGCAAGAGCAACAUUGCGCGAUUACCAUAAUCCUUAUCGAUAGUCUGCAUAUAGCAGCCUUGUUCACCGCCGUAUGAAAUGCACUAAAAAAUACAUAACGCGUAAAAAUUGUUUGCAUUUGGUGGCGUCGAUUUUAAUUUUUCGUGUUUGCAGUGCAUUUUACUGUAGGAAAAAACCAUUUUCAUUGACAAAUUGUGCAAUUCGCUGGUUGGCAAAAUGGAUAGACGCAAAAAGCGAACAUCUUCGGAGCAGUACCAAAUGUACAUUGAGCUCAUGGAGAGCGACCCAAUUUUUGCCAGCGGACGCGUGCCGCGCGAUUAUGAUCUAAAUUAUUUGACCAGAAAAUGGAAAGAGCUAUCCGACAGGCUCAACAAAUGUGGAUCGGGACCGACACUAACAGCCGAGGAAUGGCGCAAGCGCCUAAACGACUGGAAGAACACGACACGAUGCAAGUACAGACGCAGCCUUAUGUCCAGCGAGAAGGAUAUAUCGAUGUCGUCUCUAGAGACGCGUGCCCUCAAUCUAUUUGGCAAGGUGCCGGGCACUGGAGAAACGUUAAUGAAUUUGAAAUCGGAAAAGGAUGAUCAGGAGGAUGAUAUGGAGGAGUUGGGACAACGCACAUCGGCAUCGUUCCAAAAGGAGCUGCAAGCCGCCGUCGAAGAGGCCAUCAAUGACGAUGACGAGGAUGAAAUGGUCGAGGAGCACGUCGAUCAGGAGGAUCUCACCGAUGAGAAUAUGCAUGAGCCAGGCGGCGGCAUCGAUGGACCCUCUGUCGGCGGCACAACGGCCGUAAAUACAAGCGGCGGCGGUUAUCGCACCAUCGUUGUGGACAAUUCAACCUAUGUGGAAGAAGAUCAGGAUCAUGCGGAGCCAUCAAAUGAUCCCGUCAAGUUUGUGUGCACUCCCAAUAUACACUCGGCCAGCUCCAGUGGCGGCACGAAACUAAUUAAUGGCGAAUUGCCAGUGAAGCGAUUACGACGAGAUCAGGUGAUCUAUGAAGUUAAGAAUGCGCCGCGCUCUUAUACAACGAUUCAGACGGGCGGCUCGCUGCCGACGCUGCAUAACACAAAGAUGCAUCAUGAUGGACAGGGCACAACACUGGGUGCUGCAUUGAGUGGGCUGGAUGCGCAGGAGAUUGCGCAUCAAUUAAAACGUUUGGCCGACAUCAAUUAUGAGACGCUGCAAUUUGAGAUCGCGCGUUUUAAAUUCAAUAAUCCGGGUUUUCAUUAUGAGCCGCCGCCAUUAUAGUCAUUGCCCAAGGCACAAGCGCAAAGCAGCAGCCGCACACAACAGCAACAGCAGCAGCUACAGCAACACCAACAAAAGCAGCAGCAACACCAACUACAACUACAGCAGAAGCAACGGGAGCAACAAAAUAAACAACGGCAGCAUCAUGAACGAACCGUCGAGUCGAAGAAGAAAUAGUUCUAGUUUUUAUUAACAAACACACUCACACCCACACAAAACAUAUUUGCUCUGUCAGUUCAAAUUUGUACAUUUUACGUGAGCUGCAGACAACAACAAACAACCAACAAACAAACAACAAACAACAAUUGAGCACUUGUGGCUACCCAGCUAUCGUAACCCUCUAAAGUAGCCAGUUUUUUAUAGUUUAAAAUUUACGUAGUUCAUAUUAAUGCAAAUCAUUUUCUAUAAUACACAGUUUCAAUUACAUACACACAAACAAACACACACGCAUAUAUAUAAUUAUAUAUAUA